GCUUCUUUUUGAUCUCUUUCUUUGUUUCCACAAGAAGAAACUCCUCCCCCUGAAAUUUCUCUCUCAUUUCACUCUUUUGAUCAUCAUCAUCAUCGUUUGAUUUCAAAUCGAACUCUUUUUUUUUGGAAAAGCAUACAAACUUGGUUUGGUUUAUGCCCAGAAAUUAUUUUUUGUUCCUCAUUGUUUGUUUGUUUUUUUCAUUGUUUUGAUCAAAAGUAAGAUACGGUUUCACAAAAUUCUGUGCCGCAUCCACCGAUGCCAGAUAAUCGGCAAGUUCAGAACAAUUUUGUAUCGAAUCAAUCCGCUGAUAACGUUGAAGAAGCAAUUUUGCAGUUGAAAUUUAAUGAUGAUGAUCAAGAGGUGCGUGUUUCUAAACCAGCCUCGUAUCCUGACCGUCCUGGCGAGCCGGAUUGUUCUUAUUAUUUAAGGACUGGAUCAUGUGGUUAUGGAAGUAAUUGUCGAUUCAAUCAUCCGGCUUAUGAUGCUCAGGAUGGCCAAUAUCGGGAAGAACUCCCUGAAAGAGAUGGACAGCCAGACUGUGGAUACUUUUUAAAGACAGGGACUUGCAAAUAUGGAUCCACAUGUAAAUAUCACCAUCCAAAGGACAGACAAGGAGCUGGACCUGUUACAUUUAACAUUCUUGGUCUUCCUAUGCGUCAGGAUGAAAAAUCGUGUUCUUAUUUCAUGAGGACUGGAUCAUGUAAGUUUGGGGUGGCAUGCAAGUUCCAUCAUCCCCAGCCUGCUUCACACGGGACUGGCUUACCUGUAAAUGGACCUGUGCAAUCAUCGAUUUUGUCACCAGGUGUGCCAUAUGCUGAUGGAUUACCCACCUGGUCAUUACCUAGGGCACCAUUUGUGCCUGUUGUUGUUUCUCCUUCUCAAAACAUAAUUCCUGCAAAUGGCUGGUGCACCUACAUGGGAAAUAUGAGUCCUGUAUCUUCUCCUGAUAUUAUUGGAUCCAAUUUUGCUUACAACUCAACGAAUCCCCCCGAGUCAGGUUCUAGUGGACAGAUGCUUUUGUCAUCAACAUCUGCUUCUAACUAUCCUGAAAGACCUGGUCAACCAGAAUGUAGGUAUUAUAUGAACACUGGCAGUUGCAAAUAUGGAUCUGAUUGCAAGUACCAUCAUCCAAAGGAAAGGAUUGCAAAUUCAGCGGCUAAUAGUGUUGGCCCCCUCGGGCUUCCUUCGAGACCUGGGCAAGCCGUUUGUUAUAGCUACAGUAUGUAUGGGAUGUGCAAGUACGGACCAAGAUGCAGAUUUGAUCAUCCUUAUUUGGGAUAUCCUUAUAACUAUGCUCUAAGCCUUCCUUUAUCAGUGUUUGAUACAUCUCUCCUAACAUAUCAAAGAACGUCACCAACAGUCAAUUUGUCUGAACCUCCUCUUCCAUCAAGACUUCCCGAUUGGAAACGGAACACCGACGCCGUAAGCAAGAAACAUCAGAACUCGGAGACAAAGAAUUCAGAUGAUCCGUCUGAACAAGUUGCUUCUCCACCACAUUCUUUGCAGGCUUUUCCGAAAACCUCACAAGACUGAAACUGUUUUCAUCGGUGUCAUUUUAUUAUCCUUUUUAAACUAGUUUGUUUUGUAAGUUCGAAACCUUCCAAGAAGACUUCCAUGAUAAUGUACCUCCUGCACCCAUUAACUUGUGUGGUCUGACAGUGUUGUAGGUUAUAUUUCCCCGAGUAUAUGAAACGUGCAAAAUACUGGGGGGCAGAAGGCAAUUUUUGUUUUUGUGGUGAAAAUAAAUGCAGGUGAGAAGCUGUAAGA